AUGCAAAAAUCCUUAAUAUUUGAUUGCCUAUUUAAUGCUAAACCAGCUAUUUUGAAUUGCGAUGAACAUUCAAUACUCAUUAAAAUCUAAACUGAAGAGAUUAAAUUUCACAUCUCCUUAAAUCUACAUUUGCAAUGGUAUUAUAGGAAUAAAGUCCUUGAACAAUGUACUAUUGAGAAUUGCACUCUCUAAUCUUCUUCUAAAAAUUUAUCACAACUUAAAGCCUAACUCAAUUCCUGUGUAAUGUACUUGGGAGCAUCUGAAAUCUAUGAAGAGUUGUAAACUAUGUUAAAAACAGAGUUCAAGGCAAACCUAAUUGUAAAAUCAACUAUCAACGGAGAAAAGAUGUUCUGCAAAAUGUAUAAGAAACAAAGCGAAUUUUACUUUUUGUAAGAAGUCAAAAUUCUAAGGAAACUGAAGAAUUGUAAAAACAUAGUUGCCAUCAGAGAAGUUUAUGAAUCUUCAAAAUAUUAUUAUAUUAUCUUAGAAUAUUUGGAUCGCUAAUUAGAGCAGGAUUACACACAUGAAGAAAAUCAAAAUGUUAUCAAGGAAAUCCUUACUAUAUUGGAAACAUUGUAACAAAAUAAUAUAGUUCAUGGGUAAAUUAGACCUUAAAAUUUCAUGUUCGGCAGAAAUCACGAAAUAAAAUUGAUUGGUUUUAGCAAAGCAACAAUUGAGAAUCAGCCAAACACAACUGAUAUUUAUGGAUUGCAUAAAGUUAUGCUCUAUCUGUAUAACUUUGAGGCCAAGGCAAUUGAUGCCGAUUAAGGAAUUUACCCUCUCAUACCUGGUCAUGGGACCAAUUUCUUGAAAGGUCUCGUAAACAACACUUAAUACAGGAUCAAUAUCAAACAGGCAUUGAGUCAUCCUUAUUUGAAAUGUAAUGAAACAGACCAUUAAAUAGUUUAGGGAUAGUUAUUUCCUAAAUUUAAACACAGUUUUAGUAAUUUUUAAUGA